AUGGAUGUCGGGCGAACAGCUGGAGUUGGUCGUGUAAGGAUUCCUGGUGUUGCUCUGUUUGAACCAUGCGCUCGAUGCAAUAAAGCUGUUUUAUUUUGUAUUGGUAAUAUAUUUACAUGGCCUGGUCCAAGUGAAUGUUGUGGAAAUGGCAACUGUGGACAAAACAGGCCACGAAAACAUCAUAGCCGUGAGAUCUUUGUCUGA